AUGAAAGUGGCAGAUUUAGGUUGUUCAGUAGGACCAAAUACACUUCUUGUCACAUCAAACAUUAUUGACAUUGUUGAUGCCACAUGCAUCCGCUUGAACCAUGAACCACCAACAUUCCAGUUUUAUCUCAAUGAUUUGUUUGGAAAUGAUUUCAAUACCAUCUUCAAUUCACUUCCUGACUUCUAUACAAGAUUGGUACAAGAUAAAGGUCACAAGUUUGAUUCAUGCUUUAUUAAUGCCACCCCUGGAUCUUUUCAUGGGAGGCUCUUUCCUAAUAAUUCCAUCAACUUUUUUCAUUCUGCCAACAGUCUACACUGGCUCUCUCAGGAUCCCUUAUUAGGGUUAACUAAGGAGGUAAAAACACUGAACAAGGGAAACUGCCAUAUAGUUAGCACAAGCCCACCAGAAGUAUACAAAGCCUACCUGAAGCAGUUUCAAGAAGGUUUUAAAUUGUUUCUGAAAUCACGUUCAGAGGAACUUGUUCCUGGAGGAGCAAUAGUCUUGGUGUUACCUUGCACUUGCAAAAGUGAAACUCUUUCAAAAAGCCUUUGGGAAGUAAUUAACCUAACACUCUAUGACAUGCUCUUGGAGGGUUUGAUUGAAGAAGAAAAAUUGGACUCCUUUAACAUACCAACAUAUGAACCUACAAUUGAGGAAAUUAGGCAUUUGAUUAAGGAAGAAGAGUCGUUGUUUCUUCAAAGAUUAGAGGUUUUCACCGUGCCUAGGGAUGAAGGUAUAAGUGAACGUGGAAAUGAUUAUUUUCUUGAUGAAAGUAUUAGAGCUGAGUUCAUAGCCACCUACACAAGAGCUGCAAUGGAGCCUCUCUUAUCUGCAAAAUUUGAGGUACAAGUUAUAAAUGAGUUAUUUAUCAGGUUUCAAAAGAAACUUGUGCAACUCAUGAAGGUGGAGAAAUUUGAGACUGCUAAUGUGAUUAUAUCCAUAACAAAAAAUGUUUGA